AUGUCCCUCAUCACUCUCGACCGCCUCCCCUCAGAGGUCCGCAGCCUCAUCCUCAAAUACCUCCAGGCGACCGCCCACAAGCCGACACUCUCCUCGCUCGUGCGCGUCUCUCGAGCGAUGUACGCCAAGUCCAUGACCCGUCUCUACGAGAGGGUCAGGCUCAAUGCUUCCAAUGCGGAGGCCUAUUUCGGGCGCCUCACGGCGGAUGGCCUCGGCGCUAUCGACGAGGAGAUUGCUCUCCAUAGGCCGCACCUCAUCGACUAUAUCUGGCAGCUCGAGAAAGAGAACCACGAACUUCCACCCUGUGCCUCCCAAUUCAUUCCCCCACCCAUCGCGCGAAAGAUCUGUCAGAUCUGGAGCACACAGCAUCUAUACCUUGAAGACGCUCCUGCCGUAUUCUUUUUGCAACAGGCGGCGACCUCUCUGGAGUAUCUCCGUGACCAACUCUACAAGAACCUGGACGGCCUCGUCGAUGACAGAGAUGAGUACUUAUGGUGGAUCAGUUCAUCCGUCUUGGGCAACAACGCCUCAGUAGCCUUGGGAGAACCUUUGGCCAAGAGCCUCAUACUCUACCCCAAAGUGUGGGAGGGUGUUGCCAAGAUGCUGAAGGAAACCAAAUUCACGAAGAGUCUUUACUCUAUCUGCCUUCGCAUACCUUCGAACUGUUCAGGUCCCGCUGCAGUUGAAUACUACAAAGAUAUGUCGUUGACGAGGAACCUCGGCUCGAUGUAUACAACGAGGUAUAUCGGAACUCUCUGCGUCCAUAACGUUAACCCUCUGGAGCAUAUGCCCAUGAUCGUUCUCCAUAAGAACUUACACAGGCCGCGGCAUCUUUUUGCGACCUGA